AUGAAGGAUCACUUGAAAAUAUGCAAAUGCGCCCAGCUCUUCAAUAAGAGAAGGAGCCGGUGCUGCAGACACCCGCGCAGUGAAGAGGUGAGACCCAGUAGACACCCGCACGGCGAGGAGGUGAAACCCAGCAGACACCCGUGCAGCGAGGAGGUGAAACCCGGCAGACACCCAGACGGUGAGGAGGUGAAACCCAGCAGACACCCAGACGGUGAGGAGGUGAAACCCGGCAGACACCCAGACGGUGAGGAGGUGAAACCCAACAGACACCCGCGCACCGAGGAGGUGAGACCCAGCAGAGACCCGCACAGCGAGAAGGUGAAACCCGACAGACACCUGCACGGCGAGGAGGUGAAACCCGACAGACACCCGCACGGCGAGGAGGUGAAACCCGACAGACACCCGCGCGCCGAGGAGGUGAGACCCAGCAGAGACCCGCACAGCGAGAAGGUGAAACCCGACAGACACCUGCACGGCGAGGAGGUGAAACCCGGGGCAUUCGGUGGCACCAUGUCUCCGCGGGCAGUCUCCCUCCUUGUGCAGCUGGCAUUCUUCUCCAUCUGCAGGAACCAUGCUCUGCUCACGGACAGCCCCCCCCACUCUGAACUCGAGAUGCCGGGGGACUAUAUCAUCGCGGGGCUGUUUCCACUGCACAGUCUAUCCUACACUUCCAGCUUGCCUGAUCUUUCUGAUUGCCAGCAGGGCACUAUGAACAAACAUGGCUAUCAUUUAAUGCAAGCUAUGAGGUUCGCCGUCAGCGAGAUAAACAACGGCACCAAAGACGGGUCCUUGCUGCCCAACGUCACUCUGGGAUACCGGACCUACGAUACCUGCUCGCUGCGGGCCAGCACUCUGGUCACCUUCGCCUUGCUGGAGGAGCAGUACAGGCAGGACGUGGGCCAGCAGACAGGGCAGGACAGCCCGGCCAUCGCUGUCAUCGGUCCGGACAGCAGCAGCUACGCCUUCUUCCCGGCGACUGCUCUGGGGGCCUACAUGCUGCCUGAGAUCUCCUAUGAAGCUUCAGACAAGAUGCUGAGCAAUAAGCUAUUAUAUCCAGCGUUCCUCCGCACGAUUCCCAGUGACAAGAAUCAGGUAAAUGCCAUGAUUCAGCUGCUGGUCAGAUUUGACUGGACGUGGAUCGCUUUGCUCGGCAGCAACAACAAUUACGGCCUGCAAGGCAUGCAGAGUCUGCAGGAGGAGGCGGCAAACUAUGGCAUCUGCAUCGCCUACCAAGCGGUGAUCCCCACCUACACGGACGCCACGCGGCCGCAGAUACAGCAGAUGGUCAGUAAGAUCGUACAGACCCAGGUCACCACCAUCGUGGUCUUCUCCAGCAAGACGAUAGCCAGUUUCUUCUUCAUGGAAGUGAUUGAGCAGAACGUCACAGGAAAAGUGUGGAUCGGGACGGAGGACUGGUCGGUGGCGACGCGGAUUUCUAGCAUCCCCGGGAUCGAUACCAUUGGCAGCGUGAUAGGGAUAUCUAUCCAAUCUGCCACAAUGCCAGGUUUUAAGGAGUUUGAGGACUUCUCCAUGGCAACAUCCAAACAAUAUGACAAAAAGUAUAUGGUUUCGGGGGACUCGGGGCUCAGUGAUGUGCCCUGUGUACAGAACACCAUCCUCAGCAAGUUUGCUUCUAUAGAUCUCUCUCAGGACAUGUAUGACAUCACUUCUUCCUUCAAUGUCUACAAGGCGGUCUAUGCCUUGGCACACGCCUUGCACCUUCUGCUUGACUGUGAUUCCGGAAAAUGCCAGAAGGUGCAGACUAAACCCUGGCAGCUCUUGCAGAAGUUAAAGCAGGUCAGAUUUCUCAUUGACAAUACGUCAAUGUACUUCGAUGCGAAUGGAGACCCACCUACUGGUUACGACAUUGUAACAUGGGACUGGACUGAAGGCAACUGGUCUGUGAAGAUUGUCGGGGAAUACAGUCCAGACCCCCCAAAUCUGACGGUUGAUAUCAGCCAAAUCUACUGGAACACAAACGACCACAGCAAGACACCCAAGUCAAUCUGUUCCCCCGAGUGCCACCCAGGUUACGCGAAGAUACUGCGCGGGCAGCACAAGUGCUGCUUCGACUGUCAGCCGUGCCCAGAAGCCACUUUUCUUAAUAAGAGUGAUCCAACAAUCUGCCAGCCUUGCGCUCUUGACGAAUGGGCCCCAUCUGAGAGUGCAGAAUGUCUCAGUAGAAUCAUCAUCCUCCUGCAAUGGGAGGAACCUUUAUCCCUGUCGCUGCUGUUGCUCCUGGGCCUAACCAUGCUCAUGACCUUGGGCGCAAUGGUGACCUUCCUGCUUCACCUGGACACCCCCGUGGUGAAGUCUGCUGGUGGGAGGACCUGCCUGGCAAUGCUGCUGUCCCUGCUGGGGGCCGCUGGGAGCUCACUCUGCCACUUUGGCCACCCCAGUCACGUGUCUUGCCUGUUCAAGCAGUCCCUCUUCAACCUCAGCAUCACCGUCUGCCUGGCCUGCAUCGCCGUUCGUUCCUUCCAGAUAGUCUGCAUCUUCCAGCUGUCCUCCAAGCUGCCCCGGGCGUAUGACACCUGGUCCCGAAAUGACGGCCCGCAGGCCACGAUUCUGCUCAUUUUUGUUACAGAGCUCUUCAUCUUCUUGCUGCGCAUAGUCUUGGACCACCCUGAACCCACCCGCGAUUACGACUUCUACAACGACAGCAUCAUUCUGGAAUGCAGCAAGCCGCUGUCCCCUUGGGCCUGUGUGGAGCUGGGCUUCAUGGCCAUCCUCUGCAUCCUCUGCUUCUGCUUCAGCUACAUGGGCAAGGAGCUGCCGGCCAACUACAAUGAAGCCAAGUGCAUCACCUUCAGCCUGAUGAUCUACAUCAUCUCCUGGAUCAGCGUCUUCACCAUGUAUUCCGUCGACAGGAGCGAAUAUUUCAAGGCUUUACACGUCAUGGCCAUUCAGGCUAGUGUAUUGGGUAUUCUCAGCGGCUAUUUCUUACCCAAAGUAUACAUCAUCCUGCUGAAACCCCAGAUGAACACCACAGCCCAUUUCCAAAAUUGCAUUCAAAUGUACACUAUGUCCAAAGAAUAACAAUCUACUGAAUGGAACGUUUUUCCCAUUUCUACCAGUUCCUUUGCAGCAAAUAAAUGAUCUGUCCUGGAAAGGCUGAAUGAAGUGGAUUUCUGGUUUCAGUUGAAUCAGGACCAGAAUGAUGCACUUUGUUUGGUAAUUUCUUGAACUUCUUCCAUAUCUUUGCAGUGUAAGCCAGUGAUGUAAAUUAGAUUACAGAAAACACACGCUGCACUUGGAAACCAGAAGAAAAUAGAAACAAGGCAAAUAUUUAAGGCUGACCCUCUGAACACCGUUUCUCAGUUUUUUAGUUUUUUUUUAUUUUAGAAGUGCUCAGUAAUGAGUUUGAGGUUCAUUUAUGUCUCUGUAUUGUGGGAGU